AUGUCACUGCUACAGUACUUGAGUUGUCAUCUCAUUUUGACACUGUCUGUACUGACUGGAGCAAAAAGUGCUGAUGACUAUUACAUAAGACAGUCAAGAUGCAUCUACAGCUCUCCCGAUUUCAGUGACAUGGUGUAUAUUGACAGCUUUUAUUUAAAUCAAUUUCUAUUCACACAGUUCAACAGUACUUUGAGGAAGUUUGUGGGGUUUAGCGAGAUCGGAAUGAGAGUUGCAGAGGGAUGGAAUAAUAGCCCCUUUUUGCUAAGCGAGAGAACUGGUGUUAAUAAAGUUUCCUGGCUGAGAGAUGGUAAACCAGUGACCUCUGAAAUGACCUCCACUAUGGAGAUGGCUGAUGGUGACUGGUACUACCAAAUUCACUCUGAGCUGGAGUACACCCCCAAAUCUGGAGAGAAGGUCUCCUGUAUGGUUGAGCAUGCUAGCUUCAAUAAACCCAUGAUCUAUGACUGGGAUCCGUCUCUCCUUGAGUAUGAGAGGAAUAAAGUUGCUAUUGGAGCCUCUGGUCUGGUGCUGGGAAUCAUCAUCACAGCUACUGGACUCAUUUACUUCAAGAAGAAAUCAACAGGAAGGAUCCUAGUACCUCAGCAAUGA